GGAGAGUCGUCCAUUUUGUUCGUCCUGUAACCUUACAUUAGCUCUUCUUUGUAUGCUUCUCUCUAUCUCUCAUCUCAUUUUCUUUUCUUUUCCGGAAUCUCAUUUUUUCCCUACAAAUUCCACUCCCUGUCCUCAAAGACAGAUCCGAAAGCGGAUGCCAAAUCUAUUGCCCCUCUCCGCCCCAGAUUAUCGUACCCAUUAGAUUCCUCUUCCUUCUACACUCUUUGCAAUUCUUUUCACACUAUUCACUGCUAUAGAGCACAAUAUAGCUUAUCUACUCACUCUCACUCCGAUUUUUGUCCCACCCUUUUCACUAUUUUAGCUCUUUUCUUCGAAGAAGAGGAAAAGGGGUUUCUUUGAAUAACCCCACAAUCGCGAUUGUGCUUUGGUUCAACGAGCAAUGGGUGUUUUGUAGAUUCUAGUUCUUGAUCUUAUUUUCAUUGAUCAAAAGUUUUUUUUUUUUUUUUUUUUGCUGAUUUUUGAGGUACCGGUGUAAGCAUAGCCUAUUUUUUAAGUUAUUAAAUACACUUUCGGAUCUUUGUGUUAAUGUUAAAUCUCGUUGGAUCUGAGUUUGUGCUGUAAAUAAGGAUGAAUAGUUGAUGCAAUACCCGGAAUAGGCAAAAAAAAAGUGUAUUUUUUUGUUGUUGUGUGUAGUAGAGUGGUUUUGUAAUUUAACAAGGAUCAAGAGAUUGGGUUUGUAUCAUGGAUCAUGUUAUUGGUGGAAAAUUCAAGCUUGGGAGGAAGAUUGGCAGUGGAUCGUUUGGAGAGCUUUACUUAGGUGUUAAUGUACAAAGUGGAGAGGAAGUUGCUGUCAAGCUGGAAUCUGUGAAGACCAAGCAUCCCCAGCUUCACUACGAGUCAAAAUUGUAUAUGCUUCUUCAAGGGGGAACUGGUAUACCCCAUCUAAAAUGGUUUGGAGUUGAGGGAGACUACAAUGUCAUGGUUAUUGACCUCCUUGGGCCAAGUCUUGAAGACUUGUUUAACUAUUGCAAUAGGAAAUUCACUCUGAAAACAGUUCUGAUGCUGGCAGAUCAGCUAAUUAACAGAGUUGAGUACAUGCACUCCCGGGGUUUUCUGCAUCGUGAUAUAAAGCCUGACAACUUUUUAAUGGGUUUAGGCCGUAAGGCAAAUCAGGUAUACAUAAUUGAUUAUGGCCUUGCAAAAAAGUAUCGGGAUCUUCAGACUCAUAAGCAUAUACCAUACAGGGAAAACAAAAACCUCACUGGAACUGCUCGGUAUGCAAGUGUUAAUACUCAUCUGGGAGUUGAACAAAGCAGAAGAGAUGAUCUAGAAUCUCUUGGUUAUGUGCUCAUGUACUUUUUGAGAGGAAGUCUCCCAUGGCAAGGCUUGAAAGCUGGCAAUAAAAAGCAAAAAUAUGACAAGAUAAGUGAGAAAAAGAUGCUUACUCCAAUAGAGGUCUUAUGCAAGUCAUAUCCAUUGGAAUUCACAUCAUACUUCCACUAUUGCCGAUCGUUGCGGUUUGAAGAUAAGCCUGAUUAUUCCUAUCUUAAGAGACUCUUUCGGGACCUAUUCAUCCGAGAAGGUUAUCAGUUUGAUUAUGUAUUUGAUUGGACUAUGUUGAAGUAUCCCCAAAUUGGAUCCAGUUCUAGAGCGCGACCAAGUGGGAAACCAGUCAUAAACCCAGGACAAUCCGGAGAGAGAAUAGAACGGCCUUCAGGGGGACCAGAGAUCCGGGAUAGAUUCUCAGGUGCAGUUGAGGCCUUUGCAAGAAGGAAUAGCUCUGGACUUGGUCUGCAUAGUGAUCAUUCUAGGCAUAAUAGGUCUUCAGAUGAUGUGCCAUCUUCCAAAGACGUGCAAGCUGAUUCGGAUAGGCCUCGCAGCUCUUCUCGUAACGGAAGUUCUUCAAAAAAGCCUGUCUUGUCAAGCAGCAGGCCGAGCUCUUCUGGUGAGCCUAGUGAAAGCCGUGCUAGCCGACUGGUCUCAAGCAGUGGCCGACUAUCAACAACUCAGAGACUUCAACCUGGUUUUGAGUCCAAAUCAUCUUUAACUCGGCCUUCGGUGACAAGGGGUGGUGGGCGUGAUGAUACACUCAGGAGCUUUGAACUCCUCUCACUUGCUACUGGAAAACGCAAAUGAAGAACUGUAUGGUUAGCAGAUUUCUUGUGUCAAGGGUCUUAGUUCUGCCUUCACACUUUCCUUUGAGAUGUCUACACAUGUUGAUUACUCUGUAUAUUUGCAUCCAUGUUGGGUCCUUUCAAGGCUAAAGUUCAUUGAAACUUCUCCAUGAAGAUUUGGCACUCUUCUUAUACCUCUUCAGAUGUUCUUCCAUGAUUAUUUCAGCAUGGACCCAUUCGUGAGGAGAUAUUAUGUUACUUAAGGAAUUUGUUAAUAUAUGGCUACUUGUAAUAAAUACGUUCUCUAUUUUUCUGUUGAAGGAAAGGAAAAGAAUGCUUUUGGAAGAUUUGCACCUUUUCUAUGCAUAUUUCGUGCCCGACUAUUUUGUUCUAAUAUACAAUUUGUUGGCUCCAAUUAUGGAUAAGAGAGAAAGAUAUUGGCGUGCUUUUAGCCAGUUUGA